AUUUUGCACCAAUUUGCCAAAUAUGUCUACCAUUUGGUUUUCUGCCCAGGUGUUUCCACAUUGGAAAAAAAAACAUUAAUUUUCAAAUAAAAUCGGCUCAUGGUGGACAAAUGAGGACACGUUGUAUUAAGAGCAGAAUAUAAGAACGCUAAUUUCUUGCGUUUAUGAAGUGUGUGUGUGUGUGGUAGUGACUUCAUCAGUUUCCUUUGUUAAGUUGAAUUGACAUGGUGACCGUAACCAACAAACAAAUCCUCGCCAGCUGAGAGAAAUGAUCGGUGAAACUGAAAACAGUUUAGUGUAACGGCAGCGCCCGAAUCGACAGGUUAAAUAACGUCUGUAAGCAAUCUGAGUGAAAGUUGAUUACUUUUUGAGAGCGGCUGAGAUGGAACACUCUGGAGAGUUCAGCUGUCCUGAUUGUAACAUGGUGUUUCGCUCCUCUGGACUUUUGGACAAACACAAGUCCCGGUUCUGUAUAGGAAGUGCCAUAGGAGACCCAGCAGUGCUAAGGAGAGGACGAGUGGAAAUCAUUGAGCCUGGAAAGGUGGAUUUGAGGGUAUUACGCCCCACAAAAACAAAGACUCCUGAUCUAAUUCAUGUAAGUAAAACUGUGAUGGUAUUUGAGUUAUAUGUAUAUGAGUAUAUGGUGUUAGUACAGGCUUACUUGUAUCUGAGCGAGCAGAGAGAUCGACUGCUAAGGCAGACUGACAGACGAGAGACCUACAGAGAACCCAGCAUGGCUGACUGCCUGUCCUUUAACAAGCUCACUCAUGAGUUUCAUAAGCUGAGGAUGUCGGUUGAAGAGAGUCUGUCCAGAAGACACACACAGGUCAGUUUUUAACAGUGUUACUCUCAAUGUUGGGCUGAUGGAGAGAGGCUUCAGGAAGUGUGUGAACACCAUGAGCAGAAGCUGGCUGAAAUCCGGUCACACACCACCGAGCUGGAGCAACAGAGAAAGGAGAUUGAACGGCAGAUAGCCCUGGUUGGGCAUGAUGGAACGGCUCAUCUGAAGGAGAUGCUCCAUGAACUGAAAGAACAGGAAGAGAGAAACGAGGAGGUUCUGUACCGACUCAGCACUCAGAUCAAUGCACUACAUGGGAUGAAAGAUGUGAAUGUUACUUCAGACCCACUAGAAGACAGAAGAUCACAACACGUCACCUUUGACCUCAUUUCCUCCGUGGAUGGCCCACUCUCCAGCCAGAUAAGAUCUUUACAUCUAGCAUACAUACAGUCCGGCGGUUCUGAUCCAGAGGUUCUGGCCCACCUGCAUGACCUGCAGUCUGAGGCUCACACCCUGGAGCAGAGCAGACCUGCAGCUGAGCACCGGAGACGGAAGAAAAGACGAAUGAAGUCCUCUCAUCCAGCUCUGGACUCCAGUAUUCUGGCAGUGGAGCACGAGAACCAGCAACUGGAGGAGCAGAUCCUCAAAUUACAGCUAGACCGAGAGAGACACCGAGGAAGAGCAGGUAACCCCUGCAACUCACAAGCUUCUUUUGGUUUUUUUGAAAUUGUGCAAUAUCAUCUUUCUGGUCUAGACCUGGAUCUGAUCCAGAGGCACCACACCUAUCAGGUUACCAACCUGCAGGCUGAGAUCUCCAACCUGAGGAGAGAAGUGGAGAAAAGCAGGGAGAGAAAGACUUGUCUUCUUGCUCCAGUGGUUAUGUUGCAGCAGUUGCAAACAGUUGUACCUUCAUCAGCCUCUUUUGUUUGGUCUGGAUUUGUGAUCUUCUAUGACAUGGUCCUUGGCGUGGAUGACACAUUUAGAACAGUUCAUCUGGUAGCCAGGCUAUACUCUGGGGGGCAAGAAAUCGGGCGACCCACCCCUAUGCCACCUGUUCACGGCCAGCCUGCUGGGGCUUUAGGCUAUCCACCGAGAAGGCAUGCUGGAAACUACGCCUUACUAGCUGUCAAGCAGCCUGUGCACAGCGUGCAGCCGUCUCCGUCUCUCUGCUUGGUGGUGGAAGUUCAGGUUGUUGGCGUUUUUGAAUUGUGUGAUCAAGAGAUGCGAGGCUGGUCCAAACUGCAGCUCUUUGACGAUCACAAUCAGGUUCAGAGCGGAUUCUGGAAACUUCCUUUCCGCUCUCUGCCUGUGAGGCCGUGCCUCAGCGCGGGCCAGCUCAACUCUGUGCCUCAGUUGGGUAACAUGGAGAUUUGCCUUCGUGUAGUUAAUGCCCGUGAUGGAGAUGUACAGUCACGUGCUAAAAUCAAUCCUAACAAUAGCAGACAGUACAAAUACCCAUCAACGGCCAUCUCACACUCGCGCACUGACCUGGAAGGACAAACAUCCCAGCCGAAAACAUUACACCUUUCAUCCAAUCCUUUUCUUUCUUCAUUGCCCCAAACCGAUCACGUGGAUCCUCCUCCUAAGGACAGUGGUCAGAGGUGAGAAUGAGAGAUGAACCCCAAACCAGUUGGAUCUGGGCUGUUGUGAAUAUGUAUAUGUUGAGUUCUGGGUCUCGGUCAUCCCUGCUGAUUUGUAGAGUCUAAUUAGACUGACAUGUUUACACAAUAGUGCUGUUGAAUGCUUGAUUCUGAUUGGUCAGAAGGUGUUGAUUAAUUUUCUAUGAAGUCAGUUGUACUGACUGCAUGGCAAAUCUCAGGUUUAUAUUUAUGUACUUGUUCUAAUGUUAUUGUUUGUAUAGUAACUCCCUUAACAGGCCCUCGACACUUUAUGUAAGGACAUGGUUUAAAAAAAAUAAAUAAAAUUGGAAGGAGUCUACAGUGUCAGUGCUUUGCGACAGAUCCAUCUCUCUACAGCAUUAAAUGUGGAACAUGUCCUUGUUUAAUUGUUACAUUUUUUUUUUUUUAAUUGUCAGCAAAUUGCUGUAGUGUAAGAGGAAUAAAACGCUUGGGCAUGUGGUGGUGCUUUAUGCCUACUGUCAUUUGUGCAAUCAUCAGUUUGUUGUUUUGCAUAACUUGAAAUUUCUGAAUGAAUAUUAAUUUGUUUGUGGAUGCUCCCUUUUGAAAAGGAAAUGAUUCUUAUAUGUGAUUUGAAUGUGGCUUUAUCAUAAACUCACCCAAAAGAAAUAAAGAUGCCAUUGCUUUUUCACUACCUGAUGUAAGCAGAUACGAUUUGAUUGCAUUUACCUACCUCUUUGUUUUAAACAAACACUGGGGAGUGGUAGCUUGUAAUUCUGUGAGCAGUAACCAAUUACUUUACUUCAUGGCUCUUGAGGGGGAAGUCACAGCUUUACUACUAGUCCAUCAGGUGUCAUUUCUUGGUCCACUGUUCUUUUUCCUUCAUACUAAAUUACUAGGCUCAGUGGUCAGACCUCAAACUCCACCAAACCAGCUGACCUACUGCUAGAGAACUCCUCUUUGAUGGACCGCUCGUUCAACAACACACUCACAAUCCAUCCAGCAAACUUGCCCUGAAGUUGAGCUGGCAUGCAGGUGUGUACGAUGCCUAAUGCUGAUGACGCUUGGUGUGUGCUUAUCUGAGGUCCAAACAUGCUCAAAGUAUAAGAUCUCAUUGCUUCUAAAGAUGUUCAGAUUUUUAUUUUCUACAUUUUGGCUUCAUUUGAUCUUUUUGAUAUUAGUUGUCCAUCACGUCUCGAUUUCUUGAACUUAGUGUCAACAUUGUCUACAUUUUGUAAGAUUGUGUAGAUCUGCUAAAUGC